CUCGCGCUUGCACCCCCCUCCCUCUCACUGCCGGCCGCCCCGCCCCCGCGUCGACGAGUAGUCCUACACAGUGCAGACGGUGGUGCACGCACACGCGCUCACUGACGCGCCCAUCAUCAUCCCUGUCCCCUACCCCUCCCCCACUCGUGCGCUGUGCUGGUGUUUGCGCCGGCUCCAGCAGGCGCAGCUCACAACCAAAGCCUGCUGCUGCUGCUCAUCCUCAUCAUGACGGCGUGUGCAGCCAGCUGAUCGGGCGCAGGCGCCUCCCUUCAUGCACCUGCUCUUAAUGGAGGAACUUCCGGGGCUGCAAUGCCGGGACGCGGCGGGGAGGAGGGCGCGGCGGUGAGGCUGGCCAGGAUCCGCAAGCGCCGCGCGCUGUCCUCCUCCGACGCCUCCAACGCGGCGAGGAGGCUGAGGUCCAGGAGGCCUGCGGUGCUGCUGAUACGCAGGGGGAGGGAAGGAGGCGCGGCCAUGUCGGACUCGUCGUCCCGGAGCCGGCAUUGCCGUCGCCAGGUCGCCGACGGCGCGUCGGCGAGGAGGCUCGUCACCGCCUUCUGGCAGUCGGACAAGGACAGGCUGUUCGGGGAGGAGCAAGAUGUCCUGCUCAUGGACAAGGACGCGUCGGCGCGCCGGAGCCUGGUUCCUCGGAGCAACGCCUCCACGGAGGUUUCCAAGAGCUCAAGAAGCAGGACCAAAAUCAAAAUGUUUGAGGAGGCCGGUGGCCGGAAGGGGAGCUGCCACAACGGCCAUGGACAGUGGCCUUCAGCAGAUGUCAACUGCAGCGCAAUGGAGAUUGGCACACACCCUCAAGACGAUGUUUCAAGAUGCCCUGAAGAGAAAGCAACCCAGCUGAAGGAUCUGUAUAACAGCUUGAUUGCGUCCAAGGAGCUCGCCAAGGUGCUAGCACACAUCUGGGGAGAGCUGAACCCAUCAACCGUCUCACUCAUCUCUGCGCUGCGCUCCGAGCUCGAUCUUGCGCGCGCCCACGUGCGAAGGCUCAUCAAGGAGCAGAAAGCAGAGCGCAGCGAGAUCGACGACCUGAAGAAGGAGCUCGUGGAGGAAAUGGAGGCCUGGAAGGCCAAGCAGAAGGAGAAGGCCGCGACCGCCCUGCAGUACGUCGUCACGGAGCUGGACAGCGAGAAGAAGUCGAGGAGAAGAGCAGAGAGGGCGAACGAGAAGCUCGGCGCCGCAUUGGCCGACGCCGAGUCCUCGCUGCGCGCGGCCAACAAAGAGCUGGAGAGGGAAAGGAAGUGCAGAGGGAGGGUGGAGAUGAUGUGCGGCGAGCUCGUGAGAGGCAUCGGCGAGGACAGGGCCGAGGUGGAGGCGCUCAAGAGAGAAGCUGAGGACUCGCAACGGGAGCUGGAGAAAGAGCGGGAGAUGCUCCAUCUCGCGGACGAGUGGCGCGAGCAACGGGUUCAGAUGAAGCUGCUGGAGGCGCGGCUUCAGUUCGAGGAGAAGAACUCGGCGCUCACCCAGCUGCACGACGAGCUGCAGGCGUGUCUGGACGCCAAGAAGGGCCAGGAGCCUGAGAAAACCGAUCAGAUGCCAUCAGCCCGUGCGUCUGAAAAUGGAGGCGCUGCCUCUGGCCCUGUUCCAGCUCCAGACAAUGCUGGUGACGGAGGAUUCAGUGAGGAUUGCGACUCGGAGGGGAGUGACAUGCACUCGAUCGAGCUGAAUGUCGACGGCAACGGCAAUUUGCAUACCUGGAGCUACACUCCUUCGUCGAGGCGCGACCGGAGAGUGGGUGCGAUGACGCAUGGAUCGUUUCCGGAGGACAGACGGACGGAUGAUGCCGGCUCGCGCGGCGGCGACCGGAAAACGUCCCGGGAGACAGAUGACGCGCUGGAGGGGGACUGGGCAGAAGGGUGCAGCCACGGAGUGCUCAACUUUGAUCAUGACGAGGAGAGGUACCAGGCCAUCAAGGAUCUCAGGGAGCAGAUGCUGGCCGGAUCUGGGCUCCUCAUGUCACAGGGCAGAGAAACUGCUCAAAGUCAGUACUGUAUCUUCUGAUGUUAAUUGAACUUGGCCGAUUACUGAAGUGUACCGACCAAUCACUGCUGAUGUUAGUUAGAUAUGACUUGCUCAAUCAGACAGGGAUAUAUAGUCAGGGUUUGUCUUUGUUGAUGAGUUUUCUUUUGCACGAGUGCUUUGAGCUCUUGAAAAUUGGGGAUGCGGUUCAAGUGUACCCAGUUCCAUGCUUGUAGUGUUAUGUAUAUUAUUAUUACAAGGAGUAUGUCUUUUUACAGAAA